AGUUCUGAGUUGAAUGCGUGAAGUUCCUGCCACUUCCUGCUGAAGCUAUCGUAAACAUGGCGGACUGUGGAGAAGCAAAUGGCCCUGAAAGGAAAAAUGAAAUAGUACGCGCAAAGAAUGAAGAGAAGGAGCUGACCAAAGAGGAAAAGCAACGGCUGAGAAAAGAGAAAAAACAGCAGAAGAAACAGAAAGAAAAGAAGGAUGACAAGGGUUCGUCUGAAAAAAGUGGGAGAGAAAAGACUCUUGACCCCUUGUCUGCAUCACAGGUGCUGUCAACACAGUCCCCAACACAGAAAGUGCCUGCCUCAGCACCGAUACCAGUGCCCCCGUCAGGGGCUCCCUCCCACUCCUCAGGGGCUCCCUCCCACUCCUCCUCAGGGGCUCCCUCCCCGGCAGACAAGCCUGCUAAGAGCAAAGCUGAGCUGAAGGCUGAGAGGAGAGCAAGGCAGGAGGCUGACAGGGCCUCUAAACAGCAGGGCUCAUCCAGCAGCAGCAAGACCAAGGCCCCAGCCAGUGACCUCAACCCAGUUGUGAAGAGACUUCCGGAACACGUCCAAGUGGACGACCCUGCAGUGGUGAAAAGACUGGCCAAGAAGUUGGAGAGACAGCAGAUCCCACUGAGGUCAGACUACGGCUACAAAGUCAGCCUGUUCUCACAUCUGCACCAGUACAGCCGCAAAGCCCCUCUCACCCAGCUUCUCAGCAUUCCCUCCUCAGUGAUCCACCCCUCCAUUGUGCGUCUGGGUCUGCAGUACUCCCAGGGGAUCGUGACUGGAUCCAACGCUCGCUCUGUAGCCCUGCUGCAUGCUUUUAAACAGGUUAUUAUGGACUACUCCACACCUCCCAAUGAGGAGCUGUCCAGAGACCUGGUCAACAAGCUAAAGCCCUACAUCAGUUUCCUUAACCAGUGUCGCCCCCUGUCUGCAAGCAUGGGCAACGCUAUAAAGUACAUCAAGAAAGAAAUUUCCAAUAUUCCUAGUCAGUACAAAGAGGAGGAGGCGAAGACCAAGCUGCUGGAGUGUAUAGACAAGUACAUUGAUGAGAAGGUUGUUCUGGCGGCCAAGGCCAUCUCCAAAUAUGCCAUAGAGAAGAUCAGCGACGGAGACGUCAUUCUAGUUUAUGGAUGCUCGUCCCUGGUGAACCACAUACUCUGCGAGGCGUUUGACAAGAACAGGAAGUUCCGCGUGAUUGUCGUGGACAGCCGGCCCAGGCUGGAGGGGAGGGAGGCUCUGAGGCGCCUGGUACAGAUUGGCAUCAGCUGUACCUACGUCCUCAUCUCUGCCCUGUCCUAUGUGCUCCCUGAGGUUUCAAAGGUGUUCCUGGGUGCCCAUGCCCUGCUGGCUAACGGGUACGUAAUGUCCCGCGUGGGGACGUCUCAAAUCGCUCUGGUGGCCCGGGCCUUCAACGUCCCUGUCCUGGUCUGCUGCGAGACCUACAAGUUCUGCGAAAGGGUGCAGACUGACUCUUUUGUGUCCAACGAGCUUGACGACCCUGAUGAGCUGAUGGUGACCCGGAAGGGGAAAACCCAGCUGGAGGACUGGCAUGACCUCAGCACUCUGGGGCUGUUGAACCUGGUCUAUGAUGUCACGCCGCCGGACUUUGUUGACCUGGUCAUCACAGAUCUGGGCAUGAUCCCCUGCACUUCGGUUCCGGUCGUACUUCGGGUCAAAAACGUGGACCAAUGAGGAGAGGGGAGUGAUGCUGGUGACACUGUGGCCCCAAUGGCACUCUAUUCCCUCUGUAGUACACUACCAGGGCCCGGCCACUGUCAAGGGCUCCAGUUGGACCUGCCCUUUUCUGACCUCCAUUUUGGCACAUCACUGAGAAUGUGUAGGCCUGCUAGACACCUGCCCCCAUUCUUAGUAGCUUGCCAGUGAGUAGAAAAGGGCUGUCGGACUGGAAGUCUGGUUCUGGCUCAGUGUUUUUACCUGCUAGGCUGCAUCCAUCGUAUGGUCAGGACCAAGGGUCACAGGUUUCUGUUUUAACACCACUGGAAGACCUGGAGUGUUUUAUUUAGUCCAUCUCAGUUCUGGUCUUUAUUAAAUUCAACACAAUAAAUUCUGAUUUGGGGUAUUCAUCUUCUACCCCUGGUCUCUCCAGGAACAGGGUGGCUGGUCUGGCCUCAAGCAAAAACAGCGUGUCUACUAAACAGCGUGUCUAAUCUGAACACAUUCACUCAGUGCUUUUGGCAUGUAAUAAAUGGAUAUCUCAACUGGUUAAUGCUUUUUA